AAAAGAUGUCCCGAUACUCAUGUGACUUUCCAUCCUCUUCUUUCCCCCCCUUUAGCCGAAGCCGGCAUCCGGCAUGUGAAGCUAAAGAAGGAACCUUGUACUUGUUACUGACAGGGGUAGCUUUGACCUGAGCUUAUCUUAUCGACAUCCCUGGCCAUUUUCUAUCUUAUCGGAUCGAAAAUUCCCUCCAACUCCAUCAUCCAACCGAUUGAAGGCGCAAUUGAUGAGAAAAUGAGUCCAGUAUAGGCCAAUUGAUAUUCAAAAUGCCUCCUAGGUGUUCUCCAGGCUCGGGACUGUUCCUUCCGUUCCUAUACCCCUCAUUUUUCCGAUCUACCCCACGUGCAAUCGGCCGGGCUGGAAUCACGGUGACCCGACACUCGUCCACCUCUUCGGCCCCAGACCCAACCACGAGGACCAACCCCUCCACAUCCAGCUCCUCACUCCCCCAUUCGCGUCUCAACCCCGCCCCCGAUGACUACGCAAUCUCCACAUUCGCCGAUAAGGCACGGAUGACCGUGCAUGCGGGCGGCGGUGGCCAUGGCUGCAUUUCUUUCCUACGGGAAGCGUACCUAGCCGACGGACCAGCGAACGGAGGUGAUGGUGGGCAUGGUGGCAACGUAUACGUACAAGCUGUACGAGGCGAAACCUCUCUGCACAAACUAGCCCGCCGACGAAUAUUAAGAGCCGGUCGCGGCAAGGCCGGGCAAGGUAGUAGCCGUGGUGGUGCACGUGGCGACGACGUUGUGAUACAAGUACCCGUCGGUACGGUGGUACGCGAGUUAGGCCGAAUGGAUCCAGUAAUAGGGGAAAGAGCAAGAUUUCUCGAGGCGAGAGCAAAAGAGAGGGAGUAUGAGAGAUUAGUUAAAGAAAGAGAGCUUGAAGCCGAGGCCAGUGUUGAAGACGUAGAAGAAGAAAGGGAAAGAGGAGAAGCUAUGAUCCAAUCGGACCUUCCCGAGCCCCCUCCCCAUCCAAACCAGCACAAAUUCUUGCUGUACCCAGGUAUAACGAAUAAUGACCGACGAACCUUAACCUUCCCGCGCCUUCCCCUACGCGAACGUUUAUAUGUGCAACCGGAAGCUCCGAUCCACCUAGACCUCUCCGAACCUACUUUGCGCCCAAUACUCAUAGCAGCCGGUGGUAUAGGCGGUCUCGGAAACCCACACUUCGUAUCCAAAGAUCGACCACGUCCCCUCUUCGCCACGAAAGGCGAAGCCGCAGUGAGUCUGCAACUCGAACUCGAGCUCAAACUCCUCGCAGACGUCGGGCUAGUCGGACUCCCAAACGCAGGAAAAAGCACACUUCUCCGCGCAUUAACCAACAGUCGCGCCCGCGUCGGCAACUGGGCCUUCACAACUCUCCAACCCAACAUCGGAACCGUGGUGCUGGAUAACCACAAAGGCCGUCCAAUCCCUGUCCCCAAACCUUCUCGUUCUGCUCCGCAACACGCGGUGAUCCAUGAUGCGACGUACGGCUCUGUAGUUUUAUCCCGGAAUACGGAUAUGAAUACGGGUGUAGGAGGCACUGACUACGAAGCUAGACAACGCUUCACAGUCGCCGACAUCCCGGGACUUAUCGAAGGCGCGCACCUCGACCGGGGAUUAGGGAUUGAGUUCCUGCGACACGUCGAGCGCGCCGGCGUACUCGCUUUCGUCGUCGAUUUAGGCGCUGGUGAUGCUGUAGCUGCGUUAAAGGCGUUGUGGGCUGAAGUCGGAUUAUAUGCGCGCAUGCGCGAAGAAGAGGAGCAGGAGCGUGAAGUCGGAAGUCGGAUCGAUUGGGAAGGCGACGGGAGCAAUACCGGUGGGUUUGGGGGGCAGCAAAUGAUAGUCGCCCAUUUAGUUGGUCAACCCGUUGACAAAAACGAAGGAGGUUUGUAUAUCGCAGCGAAGCCGUGGUUUGUGAUUGCGACGAAAGGCGAUUUGCCCGGAACUGAGGAUAAUUACGCUCAAUUGAAGGAGUAUCUAGAUGCUGUUACACAAGGGCGGGAACCGCAUCCAAGCGGGGUUGAAAACGCGUGGGUCGAGGACUGCGCUGCGAUACCCGUAAGCGCUAUUAAUGGACAUGGCGUGGAAAGGAUUAUACAUUGGACUGUAGGACUUUUAGACGGGGGGCUAUAGGACCCAAAGUGUCCUCAAAGGGAGCUUUGUUCUUGUAUACUACCUAUAUACCUAGGUGCCUAUAUUGUACAUAAUGCACUGACCUCUAAAAGCAAUCGACGAUGCAAACCCCUUCCUCUUUUUUCGAAGUUAUCU